AUGCUUCAAUCACCAAAAAAUGCGAUUUCGACAGCUAAAUUUUAAUAAAAAGUAAUGAACUUAGAAACUAACACUUCCUAAUUUGAUGCAACUUCAACUAUAAUUUAAUCAAUGUACUUACAAAUAGAUGAAUUGAUUGAAACAAUUAAAAAAAGAAACCCAAAACAAUUACCAUAGUAAAAGACUGAAGAUCAUAACUUAAAUUAUCAAAAUUAAUUAAAUAUGCUUAAAGCUGAUGAAGAAUCAACUAAUUUAUAGUAGUAUUAUUUGGCAAUUGAAUCUGAAGAAAUAUCAAAUGCAUUAUGUGCUCAACCCAAUGAUUUUAUACUUUAAUAAGCUUAAAUGAAAAAAACUAUAUAAGCUCUUUAAUAAAAAAUAAAUCAAGCAAAACAAGUAACCUUUUUUUAUUUUCUUAGACACUUCAUAUAACUGAUAAUGAUUAUAGAGAACUUGAGACCAAAGCUUAAGCAAUAUAAGAAAAACAAUAAAAUUAUGCUUCUAUCUUAUUAAAACUUAAAGAGAAAUAGUAGUUAAAUGAUUCUGUACACAAAUUGUUAGAUUAAGUAGGUUAAUAGUAAUGGCUAAAAUUAAGAUAGUUAUUUGAUGUUGAUAUGAUUAAGAUGGCUAUUCCUUUUGAAAGUUUAAUUAGACUUUAGCAGCUAUUAUUGAAAGAAUCAGAAAAUUUAAUACAUGUUGGAAAACAUUAAUGUGUUUUGGAAGAAAAAAAAUAAUAUUUAAUAGAAGUAUAGCUAUAACCAAAUUUAAUGAAUCUAGUUUUGUCUUUUGAUCAGAUAUUGUUAAAUAUAAUCCAUUAACCAAAAGAUUUAUUAAUAUCUAAACAAGGAUUAUUAGUUUAAACAGUUAAAUGUUUAAAUAUUCUUCAUUAAAACUUUUGUUACAUUAUUUAAAAUUUAACUAAAUUAAAUUAUUCUCAAAAAUACUUUGAGGAAUUAUAAAAGGAAUUAAUAUAAGUUACAACAUAGGCUAAAACAUUUUCUUAUAAUAAAAGUUAAUCAAUGAUUGAAAUAGAUAAAAUGAAGAAAUAAUUGAAAGAAAUUUAAUCUUAACUACAAAAUUCAUAAAUUAUGAUUGAUAGAAAUAUAGAAAAUGAAGUACAAAAUCUCUUAACAAUGUAUUUAAAAGAUAAAGAAAUUUUAAUGAGAGAUAUAAAAUUUAAGUAUGGAAAAUAAUAUCACGAUCAUAUGAUUAUGGAUGUUAGAUAAGAAUUUAAGAAAAUUUGUUUGGGAUAAUAAUUUGACUAGACUUUAAAGAUUGAAAAUGCUUACAUAAGAAUGGAUGAAAUCUAAAAACAAAUUAUAUAAAAUAAAGAUAAAAUAAUAGAAUUAUUAAAAUAGUUGAAAGAACAUAAAUAUACUUUUAAAAAAACAAAAACAGAAGAUUCAUAAAUAGACAAAAAAGAAUUUCUGUUAUAAUUAUAAAAUUUGAAAAUAAUUUUACUUUAGCUUGAAAAUAAAAUAUAAAAAAAGGCACAAAAUAAUUCAGAAUAACUAUUAUAAGAUUUAUAAAUAGAGAUAAAUAAACUAAAAGAUUUUAUUGAUGAAAAUUUUGUAGUUUAAAAAUAAAGAAGUGACUCAAUAGAUACAAUAAAAAAAACUUAAAAGUUUGAACAUGGAAGAUCAUAGUCUUAAAUACCGAUAGUUUCAACAUUGGGAUCAGAAAUAUGUGUUCCUAUAUAGAGUCCGAAAAAUGUCUAAUAUCCUGUUCAGAAUCCUUAAGAGACUUUUGAUUCUUCUGAUGAUCCAAUUUAAAUUGUAAAAAAGCCAUUUUGUGAAUGGAAUAGUUAUCAAUUAAGUUUUAAUUAAAAUCAAUUGAAAUCAAUAUCUGGGAUAAGUGGAUAAGAAUAAUCAUUUAUAACAUAAAAAGAAAGCAGUUUGCAUGGCUCAAUAUUGGAAGCUAUAUAAAGUAAUAGAAAUAAAAAACCUGAGAUUCAUUUGAUUGUUUUUUUAUAAUUGAAUGAAUAAAGUAAAGUAUAUGAUCCAAUAAAAAAUGAAGAUCCAAUAAAUUAUGGUUAUAGAUUAUAUAGAAUAGAUAGCCAAUUUAAUGUAAAAAAGAUUUAAAUUAUAAAAGAUCUUUAGUUCUGAAGAGAAUGAGAAUAUGAAUAGUUACUAAAAAUUUGAAAAGAGACUUGAAGUGAAAAAUGUGAUUUUGGUAAUGAUGAAAUGUGAUAAUAGGAUGAUUGUAGUUAGAAUGCUUUGAAAUUUAGAAUGAUUUAUGAACCAUAGAUGAGAGGAAUAGUUUAAGAUAGUUUAGCAUUAAAACAUUUAAAUAUGUAGCAUUUACCAUUCAAAUUAUAAGGAAAUUCUGUAUUAGUUAAUGGAUUAUGUUUAAAUGAGCAAGACUUAAUUAAAUUAUAAUUGUUAUUUAAGUAAUGA